CCACCCCGCGCCGCCUUCUUCUGCGCCUCCCCAUCUCUCUCUCUCGCUCGAUCGCUCGCUCGCGCCGCCGCCGAGAAGGAAGAGGAAGGAGGCGGCGAUGGGUCACUCCAACGUGUGGAACUCGCACCCCAAGAACUACGGGUCCGGCUCCCGCGUCUGCCGGGUCUGUGCGAACCCCCAUGGACUGAUCAGGAAGUACGGGCUCAUGUGCUGCAGGCAGUGCUUCCGUAGCAACGCCAAGGACAUUGGCUUCAUCAAGUACCGCUGAAGACAUGGCCUUGCUGCUGUCGUGGGGAACUUCACAUGCAUCAAAGAAGAAAUGGAUCCUUCAAUAGAAGGCUUAAUUUAUGUGCUUUAGCUUUUUGUUCAGACUUCAGGCUGAUGUGCUAGUAAAUUCUGCUUGUUAAAGUUUUGAUGGAAACCAUGUGGCUGUUACACUAGCUAUAAUCAAAUAUUGAAGUAUUUUGUCACAUUUGA